AUGGUACAUACAGGCUGGCCCGAGAACAUCAAGUCUGUCAUGCAAGUAUUAAGACCAUACUGGUCAUUCAGGGAUCAGUUAGCAGUUGAAGAUGGCAUCAUCUUUAAAGGUCGUCAAGUGCUCAUACCAGAAUCUCUUCAGGAAGAUAUUCUCACACAGCUUCAUGCUUCACAUCAGGGUGUUGAGAAAACCAGGAAAUUGGCUCGUGAAUCAGUCUACUGGCCGUUAAUCAACAAAAACAUUGAGAAAUUAAUCAAAUCUUGUGCUUCGUGUCAAGAACUGAUGCCACAGAACAAAGCUGAACCACUGGAACCUCAUGAGAUACCAUCAGCUCCAUGGCGCAAAAUUGGAACUGAUCUUUUCCAAAUUCGAGGCAAGCACUUUCUCGUUGUCACAGACUAUUUCUCAAAAUAUCCUAUCGUAAAGCAGAUACCACAUCCAGUAAGCAGUCAAGCAGUGACUAAUGAACUGAAGUUCAUGUGUUCUAUCCUGGGUAAGCCCGACACUGUCAUUAGUGACAACGGAACACAAUAUAGUGGGCACCCGUUCCAACAGUUUUGUCUGAACUGGGGAAUCACACAUGUGACGUCGUCGCCACACUAUCCAAGAUCAAAUGGUCUGGCGGAGAGGAUGGUCGGAACAGUAAAGCCAAUCGUCAAGAAAUGUCUUAUGAACGGCCAAGACAUUGACAAAGCAUUGCUACAUCUCCGUGCUACUCCCAUCGCAACUGGCCUCCCAUCACCAGGUGAAAUGCUAGACCUCUCACUACCACACUGCCCUCCCGGCAGGAAACAAGUGUUUGUGCAGCGGAACAGCGUGAACGACUAA